AUUCCCAUGUUACAGAAAAAUAACUUGCAAAACUUGGCUAGUGGCCUGACCGUCUGCCCGGAAAUAUAGCAAGAUCUGAUAAAAUCUCAACCCUAUCUAUAAUGCAACAAUGGUAGUAUGCCCACCUUUUUUUAGUUUCUACAACAUUGCAGGCAACAAAGAUACAAUGGCAACAAAGGUAGUAGCGACAGGGCUGCCCAUGGCUGCUUUCAACACCUGCAUAACCAGCAACCUAUCAAGAGUUAAUCUGAAUAGAGCUCAUCAUCUUCAGUUUAAUCCAUGCUCAAAAUUAACUCUUUGCAAAAAGAAAAUGAGGACGAGAGUGAAUGCAUGUACCGCUUAUGGCAAUGAAUUACCGCAGAAACAGAGUUCCUUCAGGGAGUUCAUGGAAGAGAUUAAAACUCUGGGCAGGAUUCGCGUCAUAGUCAAUACAGGUGUUGCUGUGCUGGAAUCUGUAACAAGAAUGGACAAACUGUUUUACCACACAUUAGAAGGAAGAGGGGAGUAUGCGAAUGUGAUGGAUAAGGGCGAGAAUGUGGAUUUUCAUCUUUUGACAGAUAAAGUAAAAAGUGCAAAACUUGUGCAGGGGAAAUCAAAGAAAAACGACACUUAUAUGAUUAGGUUCAUGGAUGACAAGGGGAAUGCUGCUGCUACUUUUCUAGUCAUGUGGAAACCGGACACAGAUGGUGAAUAUGAUCAUGGUCAAGUUGAGACCUUUCAAAACUUGCUACAGAAGUAUGGUUCAGAUGUAAGUUUUGUUUAAGAGAGCAGCUAUUUCUUGUUUAUUUUAAGUUUUUACCUAUAAGGCCUUUUCAGGACUUGGUCUUGGGUGUUUAUUAUCCCCUGCCUGCAUACACAGCUACAAUGUGUUCCCUUACUUUUGUUAGUUAUUUUCUAGAUGACAUUUUUUGCACUAGCUAAAUAGAAUAAAACUAGACUAGAGUAUGGUGUAGCAAGUAACCAGGUUAAGACAGUUUCUCUUGUUCAGUGUGGAUGGAGUCCUUCAACAUGUUUAGAUCAAAGCUGCAAUAUGAUUUCAUUCAAUGCAGGUCCAAGUUCCAGGCCUUUUAGUGAA